AUGGACCGCGUCGUGGACCUCGUGGAGCACCUGCAGCCGUACGCGGAGCUGCUGACGCCGCUGGACUUCGGCUUCCUGCACGCGCAGGUGGACACGCUGUCGGCCUCGCUGGGCCUGGGCAGCGACCAGCUGCGCUACGUGCUGUGCCUGUUCGCCGCGUACCCGCUGGCGCUCGUGUACAAGCUGCUGCCCGGCGCGUCGCUCAAGCACGUGAUGGACGUGGUGCUGGGCGUGGCCAUCGCGCAGUUCGUGCUGGGCUCGGGCUGGGUGCACUCGUUCGUGUCGUCCUUCCUGACGUACCUGCUGGUCAAGUUCGGCCCGUCGAAGCACGCGCCCGCGCUCGUGUUCCUUUUCAACAUGCUCUACAUGUCGGCAUCGCACAUCUACCGCCUGUACGUGGACUACAUGGGCUGGACGCUGGACUUCACGGGCCCGCAGAUGCUGCUGGUCAUCAAGCUCACGAGCUUCGCGUACAACUACUACGACGGCGUCGUGGACAAGACCUUCGAGAAGAAGGGCGCCGAGAUGUCCCCCGGCAAGAAGAAGGUCUUCGAGGGCCGCCAGAAGCUCGCCAUCCACGAGAUCCCGAGCCUGCUCGAGUUCUUCGGCUACGUCUACAGCUUCACCACGUUCCUGGCCGGCCCGGCCUUCGAGAUCCGCGAGUACCUGGACGUGACGAGCGGCAAGAAGUUCCAGCUGGACGGCAAGACGAAGCAGCCGUCCAGCGUGCUGGCCGCCUUCUCCAAGUUCCUUGUGGGCUCGCUGCUCAUGGCGGCGUUUGCGGUCUACGGCCCCAUGUACCCGCUGUCGAACCUGCACGACCCCAAGAUCGCCGACCUGCCGCUGCUCUUCCAGAUCCGCGACCUGUACAUCACGCUCAUCUUCUGCAAGGCCAAGUACUACUCCGCCUGGAAGAUCGCGGAGGGCGCGACUGUGCUGUGCGGCUUCGGCUUCGAGGGCUUCAACAAGGACGGCUCGAGCCGCGGCUGGAACGGCGUCAGCAACAUGGACAUCCUGGGCUUCGAGUUCUCGCAGAGCAUCCGCGCGGCGUCGCGCGCCUGGAACAAGGGCACGCAGAACUGGCUGGAGCGCUACGUGUACACGCGCACGGGCAACUCGCUGAUGGCCACGUACUUCAUCUCGGCCUUCUGGCACGGAUUCUACCCGGGCUACUACAUCUUCUUCAUGAGCCUUCCGCUUGCAACGGCCGUGAACCGCCUCGCCUUCAAGCGUCUUCGCCCGCGCUUCAUUGAGGCCGACGGCUCGUUCGGAACCAAGAAGAAAAUCUACGACGUCUUCAGCUUCCUCCUCACGCUCUUCGCCAUGCACUACUUCGUGAUGCCCUUCCAGGCCAUGUCGUGGGAGCACUCGCUCGCUUCGCUCAAGAACACGUACUUCGCCGGCCACAUCGCCGCGGUCGUGCUCUACGUCGUGUUCUCGCUCAUCCCGGCGCCCAAGCCCAAGAAGAAAACCGAGUAG